AGGGCAUACAUGAGUGUGAAGGAGCUGAAGGAGGCACUGCAGUUGAACAGCACCCACUUCCUCAACGUUUACUUCGCCAGUUCGGUGAGGGAAGAGUUGGCUGGUGCUGCCACUUGGCCAUGGGAUAAAGAAGCCCUUAGCUACCUGGGUGGAGUUGUCCUCAACCCUGCUUAUUAUGGUAUGCAUGGCCACAUGAACACCAUGAUCCAUGAAGUGGGACAUGUCCUGGGGCUGUACCAUGUCUUUAAGGGAGUGAGCGAGCGGGAAUCUUGUGAUGAUCCCUGCAGAGAGACAGCUCCAUCCAUGGAGACGGGAGACCUCUGUGCUGACACUGCCCCCACCCCAAAGAGUAAACUCUGUCGGGAUCCAGACCCCACCAAUGACACCUGUGGCCAGACACAUUUCAUGGGAACGCCCUUCAACAACUACAUGAGUUACACAGAUGACGAUUGUACCAACACCUUCACCCCUAACCAAGUGGCACGGAUGCAUUGUUACCUGGACCUGGUGUACCAGCGCUGGGGCCAGAGCAAGAAGCCCGCACCCAUCCCAAUCCCUCCCAUGGUCACUGGGCAGACACAGGACUCCCUCAGCAUCUACUGGCUGCCUCCCAUCAGUGGUGUCAUCCAUGAGAGGGAGCAGGACAUGCUCUGCGAUGACUGUGCGGAGGAUGGCACCUUCCGUCAGUAUGUACAUGAGGCCUCUUCCCCUCGGGUCUGCGAUUCCUCUGGCUAUUGGACCCCAGAAGAAGCAGAAGGGCCCCCAGAUGUGGAUCAGCCCUGUGAGCCCAGCCUGCAGGCCUGGAGUCCAGAGCUCCACCUCUACCACAUGAACAUGACUGUGCCAUGCCCCCAGCCAGAUGGCUGCAUCCUGGAGCUGCACUUCCUGCACCCCGUCUACCCUGAUUCCCUCACCCUCUGGACCACGUACCUCUCCACAGGCUCUCCAAAGUCGCUGUCUGACAUUGAAAUCCUGACAGAGCAUGGGGAGUCCAUCCAUUUGGGCCCCCUGGACACCUUCUGUGAUGUUCCCUUUACUGUGAAGCUUAACAUCCCUAAAAAGAUGUCUGCAGUCAGAAUCUACACCUUUGACGAGAGGAUGGAGAUAGACACGGCCCUGCUGACCUCCAUGCCCCACAGCUCUCUUUGCUCUGCCUGCAAGCUGAUCCAGUACCGAGUCCUCCGUGACCCCCCGUUCGCAAACGGAUCCCCCGCCACCCCACCACAGGCACACCGCCUGUUCGUUGACACAGAAGUCAUGCCUGGGCAGGUGUACCAAUACCAGGUACAGGCAGUGUCUGGGGCAACCUCAGGAGAAGCCUCCCCACCGCUUGUCCAUGUCCAUGGAGCACCCUACUGCGGGGAUGGGAAGGUGACCACGAGCCUGGAGGAGGAAUGCGAUGAUGGGGACUUGCUGGAUGGAGAUGGCUGUUCCAGGAAGUGUAAAAAGGAAAAAGGCUUCAACUGUGUUGGCGAGCCAAGCCUGUGCUAUGUGCACGAUGGGGAUGGUGUGUGUGAGCCGUUUGAGAAGACAAGCAGUGUCCUGGACUGUGCAAAAGCUUAUGCCUCCCAUCAUGAUGCAAAGUCCUGCCCUGCUUCCUUGGUCACUGGAGAGCCUGUUGUGAAGGUGUGCUUUGAGAGACCCGCAGUGCCCACCUCCCUCCUGAUCUUCCUGGCCUCCUCUGGCACCAUCCCAAGCAACCAGCGCAAGCCGAGUGUCGCCGUCCAGCUGAGUGACAUAGAUGGGCUGAACAGCUCUUUAGGGAUGUAUGAGCUGUCAUGCCAGCACAACCCCCUCGUUAUUAACGUGAACCAUAGCCAGGCGGACCCAUCCCACCGGGCUGUUUCGGUGCUGCUCAACUUCUCCUCCCCACUUGUGGGCAUUGCAGCUGUGGCCUUGCGGACCUUGGCUCAGCCUGGCUCCUCUGACCCUACUACCUGCCUCCUGCAACAUGAGGAGGGACAUGGCCAUCAGUGCUACAGCUGGGUUCAUGGUGCCUGUGCAGGAUCUGGAAGCUGCAUGAGGCCGCUGCUUGCUCACGCUGCCACCCUCAGUUGUACCUCUGAUGGCCCAAGGCACAUGGCAUGCACUGUCGCCUGCGAAAAGGGCUUUAUCCUCCGCUCCAGCAAUGGGAAGAGCCUGGGCUCCACACAGAAGGAGGUGGUGUUGAAGUGCAACUCAGGAUGGUGGGACAGAUCUGUGACUUGUGACCCUGUUGACUGCGGUGUCCCUGACCAGUCCCAUGUGUACUACGCUGAGUACUCCUGCCCCAGGGGAACCACUUAUCUGCAGAGAUGCUCCUUCUCCUGUAUCCACCCAGCCAAGCUUCAAGGAACAAACCAGUGGCUGACCUGCCUGGAGGAUGGUCUCUGGUCACUCCCUGAAGCCUACUGCAAGCUGGAGUGUGAUGCGCCUCCUGCAGUGGCCAAUGCCAAGCUCCUGGUCCCACAGUGCUUGCAGGGGAACCACGACGUGGGCUCGGUCUGUCGCUACAAGUGCAAGCCUGGUUACCAUGUGGCUGACAAUGCAGCAGGAAAGCCUAAGAAGAAGUUCCUGAAGGUCCAGUGCCUGGAGAGCGGGCAGUGGGAAGAGGGGCGCUGCAUCCCUGUGGUGUGUGAGCCCCCCCCUCCUGUCUUUGAGGGCAUGUACAACUGCACUCAGGGCUUCGAGCUGGACAGCCAGUGCAUCCUCAACUGCGAGCCGCAGGAACAACAGGUUCCCAUCGUCUGCACCAAGGAGGGCUUAUGGACAGAAGAGUUCAAACUGUGUGAGAGCUUACAGGGCACCUGCCCACCGCCCCCUGAGCUGAAUUUCGUGGAAUACAAGUGCGAGCAGGGGCAUGGCAUAGGUGCUGUGUGCAUACCCUCUUGUGUCAUACCUCCCAGCGAUCCUGUCAUACUGCCCAAAAAUAUAACUGCUGAGACUAUGGAUCACCGUCUGCAGCCCACCAGAGUCCAGCAUAUUGUGUGCACGGGAAGGCUGCGGUGGUAUCCAGACCCUUCUGUCAUUCACUGCAUCCAGUCAUGUGAG